AAAUUUUUUCAAGGUGCUACCAUUUAUUUAAAUGAACAUACCGGAUGUGUAGAGAUAGCUAGAAUAUUACAUGGUGGAGCAGCACACAGAAGUGGUCUUCUUAGUGCUGGAGAUGAAAUUCACGAAAUAAAUGGGGAACCAGUCAAAGGCCUUGACCCUGAUAAAGUAGUUGCAAUGCUAUCUGAAGUCUCUGGCUCAGUGACCUUGAAAUUAGUGCCUUGUAUGAAAACAAAUAUUGGAAGAAAGACUAAAUUAAAAGUUCGAUGUUUGUUUUCAUUUGAUCCAGCAACUGAUGAAUAUAUACCUUGUAGAGAAGCUGGUCUUGCAUUUAAGAUUGGGGACAUUCUUGAAAUUGUAAGUGAUGAAGAUCCAACUUGGUGGCAAGCAAGACAUAAUGAUGAUAAGUCACAAAGUAGUUCUACAAUCUCACCUACAAGUGCACGCCUUGUUCCAAGUAAACACUACCAAGAAAGUGUUGAAGUUAUGAGAAGGGUUAAACUGAGAGAGGCAAGAAAUCCACCACGUUCAAUUAGUCCUUGCCGCUAUAGUCCCAAAAUCCCAAAGCAGAAGAGACUAAGAAAGACCAUGUAUCAUAUAGUUCAAAGUGGAGUUUUUUCUGACUUUGACACAGAUGAAAUACCUACAUAUGAAGAAGUUGAAUUAUACCGUCCUAAAAAACCACUAAAAAGUUUCAGGCCCAUUAUUCUUAUAGGUCCACCUGGUGUUGGACGGAAUGAAUUGAAAAGGCGCCUUAAAGCCAGCAAUCCUAAUCAUUUCGAAGAGGUUGUUCCAU